GAGCGAGUUCGGCGAACUUCCGAGUUGCUGGAGCUCUUCUCCCAGGAGCAGAAGUGGCUGGAUCAUGCCGCUGACGUCAUGGCAGCACGGCGUAUGCGAGCCAAAGAGGAGGCCGAUGCCAUCGAGGCUUUAGAGCAGGAGGACGCGACACAUCAGGAGGAGCUGUCUCAGCUGGAGGCCUACGUCAGGCAGAUGUCAGAGCACUGCGAGUCUGGCGGGACUUCCUCGAAGCCCGACGUUUCCCAAUGCCAGGCCUUGGAAGAAAGGAUACGGCGAAACAACAGCCUUCCGAACAUUCCCAGUGUCAGUGAGCCGGUGGCCCAAAGACCCGGAGCCUCCAAGUCACAGACACUCGUCAAAUCCGGCUCCACACCGAUUUCGCCCCUGAGACGUGUGAAGCCCGCCAACGACAGCACGGCCUCGCCUGCAACGCCGUCUUGGCGUCGGAAUAUCGCGCGUCCACAGCUGCCAGGACAACCGG